AUGACGGUCAGCGAUAACGGUAGUGCAAUAAUUAGUCAGUAUUUGGGCUAUGACGAACAAAUAAAGAUAGUGUCCCGACUAGUGGAAGAGGAUCAAUUAUCACAGGUGCUUGGCGUUUUAAAUAUCAUUUCGAUAGACUUUUCAGGCCGCAGUGAUCUAAUAGAUACCCUUUUUGAAAAUGUUAGGUCCAAGCUACUUCAGCAGAUGGAAUCUUUAGAUUCUAAAUCCUUUACCGGCUACGGUGACAGUGCCUACAAUGAAUUAAUCUCUGACAAAGAAUUGAGAGUUGUGGCUCAACUCAUUUGCAAAAUUGAACCAUUGUGGUAUCGUUUCGAAUCUUGGAUUGUUCAAGAAUUAGAGUCUUACGUAGCUAGGGAUCAUAAGAAAUUAUUUGAAAAUGUACUAUACGAACAGCUUGUAGACACGCAAGGUCGGGAGAACGGAAGUGAAUGUGAUCUGAAUGAAGUGGACACCAUCUUUCUAUUGAAAUUUCUUGAAACGGUGUAUUCCUUUGGUGUUGAAAUUUCAAAGGCAGAAAAAUUGGAUGAUAUUAUACUGUUACUAUUAGGUUGUAAUGUGGAAAUUUUGGCAUUCACUGCUUCGGGUAUUCUGAGAUGGAGAAUUGAUCAUAUUGCUCGCAGAGCUUUGAAAGACAGUCAUUUUGAUCAAGUGGUUUGGACUUUAAUUAAACAGUAUGUCGACGAUGGAAUGAAUCGUGAUUGGAAAUUACGUAGCGCGCUAAUUUUCACUUUAAGGUUCCUAUUAGUAUCUGAGCCUUCUUCUCAACUAGUGACGUUGUUGAAAACUGGUGAAUAUUGGCAGAAUCUGCAGUUUGCGUUGUCCCACAAAGUACAAGAAUACAGAAAGCUUGGUAUUUGCGUGCUUAGAUUGACGAUUGAAAAAUUGGCAUCUUUGCCUAUCUCCUUUGAAACAGAUAUAUUCACUUGGGAUCCUGCUCACAAGGACGAAUAUCUUAAAAUUUGGGAUAAUUUUACUACUCUGUACGAGAUCGUUGCGCUUGAAACCGCGCUAAAUCAGAUCCAAGCCGCCACCAGUCAAAUCCUUAAUUUGUUCGCUAACCAUAUUUUGCAUCCCACUUGGGGGUUGAUCCUUCUUUCCACAGGUUUAAAGGCAACCAUGGAUAGCGUUAGAAAAUAUAUGGUUUCCAUGCUAUUUAUGAUCGACGAUAAAUCUGUUUUCACCAGCAACGUUAAGGCCUUAAAGAAAACUUUUUUACCAGCGGCUCUAGAGGCCCACUAUUUUACCGUCAAAGGAUCUUCGUGCCCAUAUGGUGAACGGUUCUCGAAUUGGAUCACAUCCAUAAUUUCGCAGAGUAAGGAAAAUGCUUCGGUUGCCAUCUCGGUAUCUUUGGAAUAUUUAGUUGAGCAACCUACAUUGUUUGAUCCUUCGAGAGUCUAUUUGACCUUUGGUAUUAUAAACUCUUUGAAGGGGAAAAAUUCAAGGCUAAUAUCGCCAUACCAUUUAGAAUUGAUUAAAAAACUGUUCGAAGUGGAAAGUGAGGAGGGUAUCGUAGAAACAACUUUGCAAACUAUGAAUUUGAAAUUUUUGCUUCACACAGAUUAUUCUACCUCUCCAGAGGCAUGGAUCCAAACGAUAUCUUCUCAUGUUAAGAACAACAAAAAUGGAUACAAAUUUUUUGCCCCAUUGAUAGAAGAUUUCAUAGAUUUUGCAAUCGCAUAUUUCAAGACGGAGGACAUUGAUGAAAGCUUUGCUAGUUGGGUUCAAGUUGACGAAACCUUUGGAUUGUUAUCGGUACUAAUUCUUGGAUACGAAAACAUAUCGAUAACUCGCCCUCUAAUUUUUGAGCUUUCAAAAAGUGGCAUUUGCAAAGAUGAAUUCAAUUCCAAAGCAUCUGAGGCUCUCUCUGGUCUUUUAGCGGGUGAUGAGAAUGUCGAAUCUUAUGAGGGCGCUGAUGUCCUUGUUGAUUAUGCUGGCUUCAACAGCUAUACAUGGAAAUCUAUUAAAUUAGAUAAACUAUAUGGAUCGCUUUUGAAGGAGUUUUCAGAGAGCAAAUUUAAGUUCUUGGUCACCGUUUAUGAGAAGACUUUUGAUAAUGAUGCAGAAUUGUUGGAACUUACAUGGUCAAAUUUAAAACAACUUUACAAUAUUGUAAAGGACUUUUUGGGCGGUAGUCGUGAUUUCAAAUUUAAAGAUGAAAUUUAUGGAACUUAUAUGAAGUUUCUGUUCAUUCAUCUCAAAGCAUUUCCUGUCAAUUGGGAAGGUUAUGAUAAGAAGGGAGAUGAGGUUACAGAAUUGCUUUCUCUUUUGAGUUCUAAUGUGACAAAUGAAAACGGUAAUUACAAGGGUAAUCUCUACAUCUCUAAAUUGUGCACUUAUGUUCUCGAUUCUUACGUUACCGUUGGGAAAGGUGUUGCUGAUAACAAUAAUUGGAAUCUUCUAUCUGCUGUAAUUAAUGUUUUUCUAGCUAUUUGGGAAGAAGUCUUUAGUGAAAGAUUAAUAUUGAACCAAAAGAAUCUCCAUGAUGCGUUGAUAGAGGGGCUCUUCCAUCCAACUGUAUUAUACUAUGCUACGGAGAACAGUGAAAAGGGUGCUGGGUUGGCAGCAAUCAUUUCAAAUUGUGGCCAAGGAAUUAUUGAUCAGGCAUACACUAGACGUGGCUACUUACCUUUGUUGGCACAAAAUAUCAAUGAAUUUAUAAGGUCCAAUGCUGAGAAAUUAGAUGACAACAAGGCCGACUAUUGGUGGUUGAUCAAUUUGAUAUUGGGGAUUCUCUCUUCCACUCAGAUGAACGUAAACAUUUUCUUUUUGAGACCCGUGAUAGCAGAAUUGUAUGAUAAAAAGAUUAACUUGUAUCAAGCUGGGGGUAAGAGCUUGUAUGAGCAAGUCUACGGUCCUGAAGAAAUCUCAGCUAAGGUUUUAAUUAUCGAUACCUUUUUAUACUGUGGGGCACAUUUCAAAGAACAAGCAUUGGUCAAGGCGGCCAGAUCGACAAAUUUGUUAUUCCCCAAGAAACAGACAGAUGGGAUUGAAGAGAUUAAAAGGGUUCAAACUUGGCAACUUCUACUCUUAGGUAUCAAGGUCUAUGAUAAAAGUCUUCUCUUCAAUUUUGUGAAAGAUUCUGUGUUGCCCAGUCUUUCCGAUGACAUUUCGCCUCUUGUGAGAGCUUAUAAAGAAUGGUUUACCGCUUAUGUGAUAGCAGAUCACUACGAAGAAGGUAAGACCAAUGUAGUGGAAGAUUUGGUUUUCUCCUCCAUGGAUGAUCAAACGAAACCAGCUGUUACUGUGAGUCACGAAAGGAUUGCAUUCUUGGUGCUAGUGGGUUUGACUAGCGCUAACAGUGAUUGCCCUCAAAGAUUGUUGAAUCGUUUUAUGGGUUCGGUUAUUUCCAAUGCUACUUCGAACAAACCUUUGGUUAGACAUUUCUCCAAUUCUUUGAUGCUUUCAUUCUGGCCUUCAUUUUCUCAAUUUAUUACUAAUGAAACGCUUAAACAGAUUAUACAUCAACUCUAUUUGGGUGCUGAACAGCUUAGAAUUCCAGGUAAAUACAGAGUUGGUGAUGCCAAUACCUGGAACAUUUAUGAGGACUUAAAUUUGACUGGGGUCUUUGGUGGAGUCUUGAGGAGGACUUCGAGUGCAGAAGUGCCAUAUUUCUCUGAAGGUUUAUUCAAUAAGUAUUUGUCUUACAAAGGUUGGACUAUUGGUACAGAUGAUACUUCAUCAUUUUUAAUCAGAAGAAUUGACCAGGAACACUCUAAUGGGGAAUUCGCACCUGAUUCGUCUUCACAACUUCAAAUGAAGAGUGGUGCAUGGAAAACCUUAAUGGAUAUCGAUAACUCCAAACCCGAAAAGACUGUGAACAGGUCCGACCUGAUAGUUGUUGCCUCCUUAGUGGAUAAGGCCCCUAAUUUGGGUGGUAUCUGCAGAUUAUGUGACGUUCUUGGUGUCGGACUUCUGACAGUCCCCAACAUUAAAGUAAAGAACAACCCUCAAUUUAAAAAUGUUGCAGUUACCGCUGACAGAUGGAUGCCUAUAGAAGAAGUGACACCACAAGACAUUACGUCGUUCAUGAAACAGAAGAAGCAAGAAGGUUAUACGCUAAUUGGAUUGGAACAAACCGAUAAAUCUGUUAAAUUAGAUGAUCAUUACAAGUUUCCUGCAAAAUCUCUAGUCGUUCUAGGUACGGAAGCACAUGGGAUUCCAGGACAUCUUCUCAGCGAAUUGGACCUAUGCCUUGAGAUUAGACAAUUUGGUGUAAUUAGAUCGAUGAAUAUUCAAACCGCUACAGCUGUUAUCGUUCAUUCCUACACCGUGCAACAUAUGUAA